AAGAUACCAUACAUUUUAUUGCUCUUGAAGGACCUGCCUGACCGUGGCAUACAAAAACGUGACGUCACAACGUGACCGACACAUCUUUGUCAGUGAACAAAAUGGCAACCUACUGUCUCACUGUCGCUCGGCUUCAGCUGGCCCUGGGCCACGGUGCCCGGCGCCUCCAUGUAUCAGCCGCUUACAGGGCUAAGGCUAAAAUCUCCAUGAGCCGCUUUGAACCCACAUCUUUUGUCAACUACGAGAAACUCCAGUCCAACGUUGACGUAGUGCGAAAAAGACUCAAUCGGCCACUCACUUUGUCAGAGAAGAUUGUUUACGGCCACCUCGAUGACCCCCAUAACCAGGAUAUCGAUCGUGGUCGCACCUACCUGCGGCUGCGUCCUGACCGCGUCGCCAUGCAGGACGCUACAGCCCAGAUGGCAAUGCUCCAGUUCAUUAGCAGUGGCUUGCCAAGGGUGGCCGUGCCCUCCACCAUCCACUGUGACCACCUGAUUGAGGCACAGAUUGGAGGAGCACAGGAUCUGGCCAGGGCAAAGGAUAUCAACCAAGAGGUCUACAACUUCUUGUCUAGUGCUGGAGCUAAAUAUGGAGUUGGUUUCUGGAAACCAGGCUCUGGCAUCAUCCAUCAGAUCAUCCUAGAGAACUAUGCAUACCCAGGAGUGAUGCUAAUUGGUACAGAUUCCCACACACCUAAUGGUGGAGGACUUGGUGCCAUCUGCAUUGGAGUUGGCGGGGCUGAUGCUGUAGAUGUCAUGGCAGGAAUCCCAUGGGAGCUCAAAUGUCCCAAGGUGAUCGGUGUGAGGCUGACAGGCAGUCUGUCUGGUUGGACAUCCCCAAAGGAUGUGAUCUUGAAGGUGGCUGGUAUCCUGACUGUGAAAGGAGGAACUGGAGCCAUUGUAGAGUACCAUGGACCAGGAGUUGAUUCAAUUUCUUGCACUGGUAUGGCCACUAUUUGUAACAUGGGAGCAGAGAUUGGCGCCACAACCUCUGUGUUUCCCUAUAACCACCGUAUGAGGACCUACCUGGAGAAGACUGGACGUGGACAGAUUGCUGCCCUGGCUGAUGAAUACUCAGAUCUGUUGGUACCAGAUGCAGGCUGCGAGUACGACCAGCUUAUCGAGCUCAAUCUGGAUGAGCUGAAGCCCCAUAUCAACGGACCAUUCACACCCGACCUGGCUCAUCCAGUGUCCAAAGUUGGUGCCACUGCUGAAAAAAAUGGCUGGCCUCUGGAUGUUAAAGUUGGCCUCAUUGGCAGCUGCACCAACUCCAGCUAUGAGGAUAUGGGCAGAGCUGCUUCCUUGGCCAAACAAGCUUUGGCUAAAGGCCUGAAGUGCAAAGCUCAGUUCACAAUCACCCCUGGCUCUGAGCAAAUUCGCGCCACCAUUGAGAGAGACGGAUAUUCGAAGGUCUUCAGUGAUGUUGGAGGGGUUGUUCUGGCAAAUGCUUGUGGACCUUGCAUUGGACAGUGGGACAGGCGGGAUGUGAAAAAAGGAGAGAAGAACACAAUCGUCACCUCCUUUAACAGAAACUUCACUGCCAGGAACGAUGCCAAUCCUGCAACACAUGCCUUUGUUACCUCUCCGGAGAUUGUUACAGCCCUUGCCAUCGCUGGCACAUUGAACUUUAACCCAGAGACCGACUACCUAACUGCUCCUAAUGGUGAAAAGUUUAAGCUAGAGCCCCCCAAUGGAGAUGAACUCCCUGCCAGGGGCUUUGACCCAGGCCAGGACACGUACCAGCACCCCCCCGCUGAUGGCACCAGCCUUAAGGUAGACGUUAACCCUCAGAGCAACCGGCUGCAGCUGCUGGAACCCUUCGACAAAUGGAGCGGAAAUGAUCUGGAGGACAUGCAGGUCCUCAUCAAGGUGAAAGGGAAAUGCACAACAGACCACAUAAGUGCUGCAGGGCCUUGGCUUAAGUUCCGCGGUCACCUGGACAAUAUCUCCAACAACAUGCUGAUCGGCGCGGUCAACUAUGAGAACGAUGCCGUCAACAAGAUCAAAAACCACCUGACAGGAGAGUACGGAGGAGUCCCUGAUGUUGCCCGUGACUACAAGGCCAAGGGUUUGUCAUGGGUUGUGGUCGGAGAUGACAACUAUGGUGAGGGCUCCAGCAGAGAGCACGCAGCGCUGGAACCCAGGCAUCUGGGGGGAAGGGCCAUCAUUGUUAAGAGCUUUGCCAGAAUUCAUGAAACAAACCUGAAGAAGCAGGGUCUGCUCCCACUGACCUUUAGCAAUCCAUUGGACUACGACAAGAUCCGCCCCGACGACAAGAUUUCCAUUAAAGGACUGAAAACAUUUGCUCCAGGAAAGGCUCUGACAGCAGUUGUGAAGCACAGUGAUGGCACCGAGGAGACCCUGGAGCUCAACCACAGCUUCAACGAGACACAGAUCGAAUGGUUCCAGGCAGGUUCCGCUCUCAACAGGAUGAAGGCUCUUCAGCAUUGAGGAGGAGUAUUGUCAGGGAAAGGAGAAGGUUUGAGAGGAUUGUAAGGAGGAAGGAGGAUGAGGACUCGUCAUCUACAUUAGCAUAACGCUUGGAAGUGCCAGGCUAGUGUUGAUGAUGGAACAUACUGACUGAUCUGUGGUCAGAUAUUUCAAACCUUUCAUUUCUUAUUACAUAGCUUGUUCUUGAAGGUAAUAUCAGUUUCCAGUUUAAUCAGUCAGAGAUUAGAGCAAAGGGAGAACACACCCAGCCAGGGAUGUAACAUGCUACGAGCUGCUAGUGUUUGAGCAACUGUAUAAACAGAUCAGUAGUGGAGUCCCCACACGUUGGAGCUCAGCCAGCUGACGGACGAGGUCACCGUCACUGGCGUUGGUGGGAUUUAACCUCUUCCUGUGUUACAGUAUGUAAUGCAGUAAUCCUGUGGAGUCAUAACAAAACACUCCGUCAUUAGUUCAUACAGUGAAAUGCUAGUUAGCUCGCCGGCUCGUAUAAUGGCCCAAAGGACGUCCUGGAGAUUCCACAUGCCACAAAAUCCAGAUGCUGCUUCUCAGGAGCAGCUGAAGGACGUUAUGGAACGUCCUGUACAUGAGGUGGGAAGCAGGUGGAGUGACCGUAAGUUUGAGCUCCACUAACUUAACCAGGCACAAACGGUGGGAUUCAGUUGAUCAACGUACAGUUUGUGAGUUUAGUUGUUAACACGGUUCAUAUUGUCAGUGUUACAAAGAGGUACAGUACAAUGAUCACUGAGUACAUUUAGUCAUUUACAAAGGGACUUGUAUACUUGUAUGACUCCACUUCUUCCCCAGUUUCAUUCUUAACCAUCAGUGUUUUAUUACUUUGUUCCUCUUUUUUGGCGCCACAAGGUAAACUUCCAUAUGACGCAUUUUCAGACCCCUUCUCUUCGAGUUUUCAUUAAUUUACUACAACAGGAGCAGAAUUGAAGUGGGAAACUGAAGGAUCAGCAGACUCCCUUUCCUUGGUGGGAAACUGAUGUUACACUCUGAAUGACCUUCGCUUUCUCUUGUAAUGUGGCUACUCAUCAGCAACCUCACAUUGCAGGCGAUUUCUUUCUGCUUAUUUAUCUUAGUCCCUCCAAACCAAAUGCAACCACGACUGACUCACUCCCUUCUCCUAAUUCAAUGUAUGUAAAGCAGUUGAAUCUGUGUACAUUUACGUGUAUGUAUCCAUAUCUCCAGAUAUAUUUUCUGUGUAACAGAAAGGCCAAUGGUUUGUAAAAUAAAAAUUCACAGAUCUCGUCCAUGUC